AUGUCGGCUAAAACGGAAAAAGUGCAUUUCACAGUAUAUGUUGUUUUUAUAUCGCUUUUAUUGGAUUUACUAGCCUUCACUAUGAUUCUACCUCUACUACCUACCCUAAUGGACCAUUACAGAAAAAACGACAGCAUAGGACUCUAUGACUGGCUCUCUAGUCAAAUACGUUCUUUCCAAAUUAUCGUGGGUGCCCCAGAGAAAUACAAUUCUGUAUUAUUGGGGGGUUGUCUGGGCUCCAUGUACAGCUUUCUACAAUUUAUAGCUGCCCCAAUAGUUGGUGGUAUAUCUGAUGUGAUUGGCCGAAAAAAAGUUAUGAUUGGCUGUUUGGUUGGCAUAUCAUUAUCUUAUAUAUGCUGGGCUCUUUCAUCCAAUCUGCUCAUAUUCAUAUUUGCAAGAUUUCUUGGAGGAAUCAGCAAGGGAAAUGUAUCCUUGAGUAUGGCAAUCAUCACUGAUGUCUCUUCAAUUAAAACAAGGGGUAAAGGAAUGGCAUUUGUUGGUAUGGCAUUUUCUCUGGGAUUCAUUGUGGGGCCUUUGAUAGGUGCUGCUUUUGCUGUUUGGGCUAAACAGAGAUCUGGUGAAUGGUUUGUUAUACCAGCUCUAUUUGCAUUGUUAUUGUCAGUGGCAGAUUUGAUCUUCUUCAUGGUUUUCUUCCAAGAAUCAUUACCCAAGGAGAAACGUGAUAGCAAUUUGAAUGUUACUCUCAAAAAUUCCAAGGCUUUGAUAAAUGUUACAGAUCUAUUUCAAUUCACUGCAGUGACUGGUGUUGACUCAAAUAGAUUGGAAGAACUGCAGAAUUUGGGAGUUGUCUAUUUUGUGUAUUUAUUUAUAUACAGUGGCUUAGAAUUCACACUGACAUUCCUCACUCAUCAUGUCUUCAAUUACAACUCAAUGCAACAAGGGUGGAUGUUCUUUAUCAUAGGUUUAGUCAUGGCUGUGAUACAAGGUGGUUAUGUAAGAAGGAUCUCUCAAGAGAAAACUAAAUCUACUGCAAUAACAGGAUUGUGGUUGAUAAUUCCUUCAUUUAUUUUUGUUGGCAUUGCAUCUGGACCCAUCCUUCUCUAUAUAGGAUUGCUAUUUUUUGCCGUUUCCACUGCAAUGGUAGUCCCUAGUGUAAUGACAUUGGCUUCUGAACAUGGAAAUGAACAACAGAAAGGUACAGUCAUGGGUAUUUUUCGAUCUCUAGGAGCCUUAGCAAGAGCACUGGGGCCAAUUUUUGCUAGUAUAGCAUUCUGGAGUGUAGGGUCUACCACCACUUACUUAACUGGGUCUGUUUUUUUGUUAUGGCCUGUUUUGAGAUUGAGUGGGAAAAUUUGAGCUAACAUAAUUAUGGACCUUCAUUUUAAUUUGAAAACAGAGAUGUCAUUCUAUUUGAUUUUUUCAGUGUAUUUCAGAAAAAAACCUUCAAUAAUGACUUUCUGGAAAAUUGAAAUUUGGGUCCAAUAUAUAACAAAAACAUCAUUCUGGCAGAGAUUAUACACUGGUGUGUAUAAUCUCUGAUUCUGGAAACAGUAUAUUAUAACUUACUUCAAACUGUUCAAGCCCAGUGACCUCAGUAAUAUCCAUAUUGGGGUGAGUUCUUCCAGGAAUGCUGGAAUAAAAAAACAUCAACAUUCAGUAAUAAUAUCUAGAUCAUUUAUUUUGAAUUUUGCAACAGUAUUAAUUUUAGGUAACUUGAAGGACUGUAAUACAGUAUUGAUGGUAUUCAUAUUGUGCUUCAUAUUUUCAUAUUACACAGAGAAAUAAUAUGAUAAAUACCUA